CUGUUCGGAUUGCACUGGCGUCAUUGGCCAUUUUCAGAUUAUUAAGAUUUUGUCUCACGAAAGGCGAGUAUUUUUCCGUCGCGAGGAGCGAGUUGUGCGCUUCCUUCGUUGAUCGCUGUUCUAAUUAGAUUCCGACUUAACGCUCGCGCAUCGUACGCCGAAAAAGUGUUGAUCCGUUUUUUCUUUAUUUUUCCUGUUAUUUCAGGAUAUACGAUUAAGUGCACCGUAAUCCCUCAGCGCGUACUCGAGACCAUAGUCAUGGAUGAGGCAGCCCUUGAAAAAACCCUCGUCGAGCGCUAGCCAAUGCGAUUAUUGCUAGCUGGUCGUAGUGGAUAAAAAAAUUGAAAAAGCUAUAAAUCGAGUUGAAAGAACAAACACGAAAAAAAAUGCAAAACUGGAACCAAUGGCAAUUACCCGCGACUUCUACCGUCACGGCUCCAAUGCCUCAGCCGCCGAUCGGCUAUGCUGCUCCUGGAGCAGAUCCCAUGGCUGUCAUGCAGUCGUUCAUGCAGUACUAUAAUCAGCCGGCACCAAACGGAUACACAGCGGAACAAUGGGCAGCGGCUCAGCAGCAAAAUUGGGCUCAAUGGCAGACCUGGCAACAACAAUAUCAACAAUGGCAAGCUCAAUAUGGAGAAAAGUAUCAAGAGACGAUGAAGCAGAUGCAAGGUUUUCCAAACUUGUCAGGGCAAUUACCGGCAACUACGACGUUACCGUCGACGGCACAGCCGCCCCCGCUUCCCAAAGAGGACACUUCCGCUAAGCCCCCUUUACCACCCGAGAGCAGCUCAUUCGGUUACCCCGGUGUACCGCCGCCACCGCAUCAGAAUAAUCUUCCCCUCUUCCCUUCGAAUAAAUCCACCAAUCCGCCUUUACCACCUGGCCAACCACCUUUGCCACCUGAUAGUUCGCGAAAAAAUUCAUCUACCGAUAACACAUCGAGUGGCAAACGUACCGCGAAUUCUACCGUAGAGUCAGUUAGUGCGAAAAAAAUAAAAGUCGAUGACGAGGAACUGACCGAAGCUGAGAAAACAUUCGACGCCCAGUUUAAACAAUGGGAAGAACAGUUCAACAAAUGGAAGCUACAAAAUGCUAAUCAUCCUGAUAAGGCUCAGUACAAGCAGUACGAAGCGAAAUGGACAUCAUGGAGGGCAAAAUUGAUUGAACGCCGGGAACAAAUGCGUCGAAAGCGCGAACAACAAAAAAUAGCUGCGGCUAAAGCAGAAGCGGAAAAGGAGAAGGAGAACAAAAAGUCGACGGUCGUCGGUGAUGAUAAGAUUUUGAACCUUUUGACGAACACGGAAAAUCAAGGACUCAUCAAUAAUUUGCUAGGGAUUGGAAAGACCCUCGGACUGACAGGUAAAAACGAAGGUUCCCAAGAACAAGCGCAGGCUCCGGUGACACAACCAGCCGCUCCCGCUGCACAACCUUUACCGAUUCCGCCGAGCAUGAAUCCAGCUGCAUGGGCGGCCCAACAGUGGGCCGCGCAGUACACCGCUGGAACAAACAUGAUGAAUUACGUUCCGAAUUUCCAACAACCACAAAGUGUUCCGCAACUUGCAACAAAUCCUUUGCCAACGACGAUGCCAAUGCCGAAUUUCAGUCAACCUCCCAACUUUGUUCAACCUCCGACCAACUUUAAUCAGCCACCUCCCGGAGCAAUGGGAGCGACUCAAAAUUUUUCCGGCCCCAGCAUGCCGCCUAAUAUGUCCGGCGGUGGACCAAACUUCUCUCAGCCUCCACCCGGUUUCGGAUCGUCCAAUCAACAACAGCUAGGAGAUUCCAAUUCGGGACAUAGAGCCGGAAACUUUCAGGAUCAAACAAUACGACCGUUCGGGUCGGAAGGUGAACAGAGAUCAUUCCCGGAGCCCGUGCCCGGAGCUCAGUACAAGGAUUCCAUGAGUGCGUCGAACGAUACAAAUCGAUUCAACUUUGACACAAAUCGAUUCAGCGGACCACCUCCUAGUAAUUUAGGUGGGAUGAUUUCUACCGGGCGCGACGGACCCGACAACAGACAAGACAAUUGUGCACGAGACUUCGGUCCCGCUGGACGUUCCGGCAAUGAGUUUCGACCUUCCGGUGAUUCGUUCGGAUCGUCGUUCGACAAUGACCAGCAGAGCGGCAAUCGAUUUAUUCGCAACAACGAGAAGCAGCCCGAUGCUUUUGGAAACAAUCGCGGCAGUUCGGAUCGCGAUAGUUUCAAUCCUGAUCGCUUUGGAGGAAACAGUGAUCGAUUUAAUAUGCGAAACGAUCGUUUCAAUUCAAGCAACGAUCAUUUCGGUCCUAACAAGGAUAGCUUUAGUUCAAAUAUGGAUCGAUUCCCUUCCGCUAAUGAUCAAUUUAAUUCUGACAAUGAUCAAUUUCGCUCCCGUAAUGAUCAGUUCGGUGGCAUGUCCGGUGAUCGUUUCGGUAUGUGCGGCGAUCGCUCUGGCAAUAAUAACUUCGGCGGCUCGUUGAAUGAUAAAUUCAAUCGUCCAGCUCCGGAUCGGUUUGAUUCUCGGGACAAUAGUCGCGAUUCUGGUAAUUCCAACUUUCGUAAUUAUGGUAAAUCCAAUCAGUUCACUCCUGCCAAUGACAUGCCACCGGAACUCCAGAAACUCAUGGACAAACGUCGAGCCGCGAUGGACGUAUUCAAGCCUUCGAAUUUCAGUAGUUUCCUCGAUUCUACUAAAAGCUUUAGUUCGAGCACAUCUCUCAGCGAAAGUUUUAGGAAGUUGACCGGCGAUUCACCAUUCUUGUCAAGGAGCUCGUUGGGCUUCGGUAAAGAUAUGAAUUCCGGACCGAGAGGUUCAACAUUUGGUACCAGUGCUUCCAACGUAAGCAACUUCGAGUCUUCCCGUGACAAUCGUCCGGCUAAUAAUUCCAAUUUCAAUUUUCGAGGGUCCGGAGGCGAAUUUGCCCCUCGUGGAUCAGGCAAUUUUAGACCUCGAGGUAAUGAGUUUGCACCUCGUGAUUCGGGAGAGUUCAAUUAUCGUGAUUUCCGAGAUUUUGGCCCACCGGCUAAUGAGUUUCUUGCUCAAGAAGACGCGGGGCCUGAUCACGGUGCCAAAAACUCUGGCAAUUCCCAGCUCCGGCCGGGCAAUGAUUUCGAACAGAGAGGAACAGAAAGAGAAUUCGAAGAUAACUCUCAGAACAAGCAGCAACGCGACAAUUAUGGAUUAUCCGAUAAACAAGACGCGGGCACGGAGCAGUUUGAAGGAGCACCGAAACCUCCUACGCGAGAAGAUCCUCCUAUGAAACCGAUGGACACCCGCAAUGAAAAAAGCGAUUCACAGGAAAAUAAGCUUCAAUCUGAUUCCAUUAGAUCAAACGAAGAUCCUAAUCUCAAGAGUAUUCCACCGCUUCAAGUGCCAUCGUGGAUAGAGGCGGAGUUCGCUAACGAUGAUUUCAACGAGACACUGGGAGAGAAACAGGUUGAAAAAGGCGAAGAAGAAACAGCAGCGAUUGAAACUUCACCGAAGGAUGCGUCUAAGGAUGACCGUCAGCCUACGCCGAAUUCCGAACUGCCUUCGAGAGCCGAUAACGAAGAGUCCAAAGAUCAGGCAAUAGUAACUGAUAAGAAGCCUGAUGAUUUACCAUUCAUGGGUGAAAAUGAUCCAAAACCUGAAGAUUUGAACAUGGAGCCACCUCCGGAAUUGCCAAACUUGGGACCAGCAAUGAAAGAUCCUGAAGAAAACUGGAAGUCAAACGAAGGGGAGAAUAUGAACGAGCCCUCUGAGCGAGGGCCACACAGUGACAACGCCCGAAAAAUCGAUUUCGACGCUCCAUUUGGACCUUCUCCUAUGCAUAACCAAUCGCGAGACGCAACCUCGUUUGGAUCCAGAGAUAUGGGCGGCCGUGCUGGUCCGGCUGACAAUAUGAGACCUCCACUCGAAUCAUUUGGUUCGCAUCGCUUUGGCGAUGGUACUCGUGAUCCGCAUCCCGAUUCCUUUGAACCAAGAGGACCAUUCGGGCCACGAGGUCCUGGUGGUAACUUCGGGCCCCGGGGUCCUGGUGGUGACUUUGGAUCCCGGGGUCCUGGGGGAGAUUUCGGGCCCCGAGGUCCUGGUGGUAAUUUCGGGCCUCGAGGUCCUAGCGGUGAUUUCGGGCCCCGAGGACCACCCGGUAGUGAUUUCGGGUUCCGCGCUCCUGGUGGCGAUUUUGGGCCUCGAGGUCCUGGUGGCGAUUUCGGGCCUCGAGGUCCUGGUGGCGACUUUGGGCCCCGAGGUCCCGUUGGCGAUUUCGGGCCUCGAGGUCCUGGUGGAGACUUUGGGCCUCGAGGUCCUGGUGGUGACUUUGGGCCCCGAGGUCCAGGUGGCGACUUUGGGCCCCGCGGUCCCGAUGGUGUUUUCGGACUCCGAGGUCCUGGUGGUGACUUCGGGCCGCGUGGACCGAGCGAUUUUGGACCGCGAAAUCUUAACGAUCGAUCAUUCGGACCUCGGGGUGCCUCGAGUUCCUUCGGUCCUUGUGGCCCAUUGAACAGACCAUUUGGACCUUUCGACACAAAUAAUUCACCAUUCCCCGACAACCCUCCUUUCGGAUCGAAUACGUUUGGCCCUCGUGGCCACUCGGACAAUCCUGCAGCGGGUAUUCCAUCGCUCAUGUCUUUCAAAUUUGACAAACCAAUGAACCCCAUGGGUGACAUGCCCGCUCAUAAGGGCAACGAGCCCAAUACGCAUCGGUGGGGUGACCUGCCCCCUGCAUUUAGAAAACCCGAUGAGGAACAGCGCGGCGAAGAACGCAGCAUGAUGGAUCGAGGUCCUGCGCCUGGAGCGAAUACUGCACGCGGACCAGACUGGAGAGAUGCCUUCGGUAGGAAUCAAUUCGGUGACUCGGAUCAGCGUCCCGGACCUCCAAACUUAUCGAAAGCACCGGAAACGCGGCCGGGCGACCAAAUAACAAUGGAUAAAGAUCGAAACCAGUCGGGACCGGGAAAUCACGGAAGAAGUCUACCUCCGUUCGGUGCUGAUGGCAUGAUACAAAAUAUAGAUAAGCCGGACCGCAUUGGCGGCGGCCUCCCUUUCGAAGAGCCGUCCCGAGGUCCCGUUAACAACGAAAACAUUCGUCCUGGUGGAUCCAACUUUACCUCGAGACGUUCAAACGAGAUCAACAGAAUCGAAGGUCCUAAAGAUUUUUGCGUCGAAAAACAAUACAAUUAUAACCAUGGCACGGGCAAACCCGAUGAUAUGACUGCCGAGCAUUUACCAGGUAACAUGAUCGAUUAUGGUCAUGCACCUCGUGUUAUAGUACAUGAUUACGUAACACCCUCACAAUCCUAUGAUUACGAUCACGGUAGAUUGAAACCCGUCGUAUCUGAUCAUGAGAUUUAUUGCAAAAGAGAUUUCCGUAAUUGGAUCGAGAAUGAACAAAAUUUGAGGGAAUAUACUGAUCGCAUGAGGGUCUAUGAAGCCGAUAUGAGGGCGUUAAAACGCGGCAUCGAACAGCGAAAUACGCGCGUAGAUGCGCGUCCACAUUAUUGGGGAGAACGCGACCGAAUGCAAAAUGAUCGACGAUCCUCCGAUCACGAUCGUCGACCACCGAUCAAUAGAAAUGACAGAGCCAGGAGAGAUAGAGAAAUUGACAAUUACAGAGAUAGGGAACAUAAGGGAGCUCAGAGAGACAGCAGAGAACGAGGACGUAACGAGCGCGAUCGCGAAUGGGAACGCACUUUGAACAAACAACGCGAAGAUCGAACUCAGCACCGAAGAAGCAGGAGCAAAGACAGGACCCGCGAGAGGCCCGAGAAAAUAAGAAAGGAGACGAUCAAAGAAAAUAAGAAAGACGAUGAAAGAUCUAAAGGAAAUGUUGCCGAUUCGGAGAGCUCGGCGAAGAAACCAGAUGAGUCUACAUUCCCAGACAACAGCAACAAACACAAAGCUGACGAUGACGAGCCCGCGGUGCUUAAACAAAUUCCAGAAGUCUCGCAAGCCGUCGAGGCUGCUCCACCACAAACGGUCGAUCCUCCAGUCACUAUGGAGUUGCCGAAAACUCCUAAUUUCACCAUGAUCGAUGAUUUAUUGUGUCUACCGGGAAGGCAAAACAGGCCGCCUAAGAUUGUUGUGAUUUUACGAGGUCCACCAGGGAGUGGCAAGUCAUUCGUUGCCAAGUUAAUCAAGGAUAAAGAAGUAGAACAGGGCGGUUCUGCUCCAAGGAUACUGAGUCUCGACGAUUACUUCCUCACAGAAAAGGAAAUCGAGAGCGAAGAUGGCAACGGGAAAAAAACGACGACAAAGGAUAUGGUAUACGAAUACGAAGAAGCAAUGGAGCCCAGUUACAUAACAUCACUAGUCAAAGCGUUUAAAAAAAAUAUCACCGAUGGUUUCUUCAACUUUAUCAUUCUCGAUUCCAUCAACGAGAAAAUUUCGGACUACGAGGAAAUGUGGAGUUUCGCAAAAACUAAAGGCUUCCGGGUUUACGUUUGUGAAAUGGAAAUGGAUGUGCAAGUCUGUCUCAAGAGAAAUAUUCAUAACCGUACCGAGGAGGAGAUCAACAGAAUCGUCGAUUACUUUGAACCCACACCGAGUUAUCAUCAAAAAUUGGACGUUACUUCGAUGCUACAGGAAGAGGCGAUUGAAGAGGUACAUAUGGAAGACAGCCAAGAAGUGCAACCAGAGUCGACUUCAGGAAACGACGACAGCCAGGACAGUCAAGAAGAUCCGCAGGCUUCAGCGGGCGUUAGCAAGUGGGAGAUAAUGGAAGCCGAAGAUAAACUAGAUCGUUUGGAUGGUUUAGCCAAGAGGAAAAAUGAUGGCAAACCACAGACAAUGGAAGAUUUUCUUCAAGUAGCGGAGGAUUAUAAUACGGAUGACACUUCGGGAAAACGUAGAGUUCGAUGGGCCGAUUUAGAAGAGCGAAAAGAGCAGGAAAAAAUGCGGGCGGUCGGAUUCGUGGUUGGUCAAACGAACUGGGACCGAAUGAUGGAUCCAACUAAUGGCGGUAGCGCCCUCACGCGAACCAAGUUUUUUCCUCCCUCCUAGUGAAAGUUUCACGUGAUAAAAUAAGAAAGAAACGGCGAAGAUUAUUCGCCCAACGAUUUUCCCUUCUUCCCCGCUCGAAAAAUAAUCAAACUCAUCAGCCGAGAGAAGCUGAUCCGUAAAACUCAACUAGAGAAGAAAUAUGUUAUUUGCCGAAUAAAAAAAGAGUGAACCUUUCUUUACAUUUACAAAUUAACUGUAAUUAUAUUGUAUAUGAGAAUUUUUCAAAAUAUGAACACACAGUUUUGAAUAAUAGUUCGUUGUGACGAAUGAUCAAACGUAA